UUCUCUGCCUAAUUGCGAUUACACAUCACAGAGAGUGUGAAAGAUAAAACAAGACUUACAGCGACUGCUGCCUCAAACGCGUGAAAGAUCCCAUUGUUGUCUUGUUGUACGUAUAGGUAUGGUAUUUGCAUACAUUUCUUAACACUCGAUCAAAGAGCGGGACCUCCAUUUUUGAACCUCCUCACACCUUUAUUAUUACUAUUAUUAUUAUUACGAGCAAGACUCUCUCCACUGUUCGUUGAGGCAUCUUCCUGCGGCCGGCCGAUUCCACGGCUCCAUUUGUCAGAUCUGCUUGUCGCAGUCCUCUCUGCAUACAUUUCCACGUUAUCUUUGCCAGAUUCGUAUUUCGCGACCAAUUUGCGUUGGGAAUCUCCAUUUAUCCACAAUGGGAGAGCUCGAGGAGCUCGAUUUUAGUGAGUUAGGGUUUUGGCUUUGAAUUUGGUGGUGUUCGAUUCAAAACCUCACUAUGGCAAUCUAGUAGUAGUGGUAUCUAAGUUCUUUUCGGCAAUUGGAAAACCCUAAGCCUUUAUUUACAAUGCAGAGCAGCUCGUUGAGCUCCUCCACAGUUGCGCAACCUGAGGCCAUACUGGAAUGGCUUCAAAAGGAGAUGGGAUACAGGCCCUUGGGUUCCAUCGGCGCGUCGAGCAAAUCGCAGUUGCCGUCAAUAGAUGCGCUUCGAAAAAUUUGCCGUGGAAAUAUGAUUCCCGUUUGGAAUUUCUUGAUAAAGAGAGUAAAAUCGGAGAAGACUGUGGAGAAUAUUCGUAGGAACAUAAUGGUUCAUGGUGGUGACAGUGGCAAUUUGGGUAAUUUGGCCAAGGAAGAGGGUAAGAUUAAGGGGAGGAGGAAGGAUAAGACAGCAGGGGAGAGCUCGAGUACUGCGGAGAGCAGGGAGGCUGCAUUGCAGGAGAGGGAGACGGCGGCAAAAGAUGUGGAGAGGUUGAGGAACAUUGUGAGAAGGCAGAAGAAGGAUUUGAAGGCCAGGAUGUUGGAGGUUUCCAGGGAAGAGGCAGAGAGAAAGCGGAUGCUUGACGAGCGGAGGAAUUACAGACAUAAGCAGGUGAUGUUAGAGGCAUAUGAUCAGCAGUGUGAUGAAGCUGCAAAAAUUUUUGCAGAGUACCAUAAACGUCUUCAUCAGUAUGUUGAUCUAGCAAGGGAUGCUGAAAGAUCAAGUACUGAGUCUUCGGUUGAUGUAAUUAACAGCUUCAGUGCCAACAGUGAGAAAGAAUCGGUUUAUUCAACUGUUAAGGGUACUAAAUCUGUGGAGGAUGUCAUUCUUAUAGAAACAACCCGGGAAAGAAAUAUUAGGCAGGCUUGUGAAUCUCUUGCAGUGCAUAUGAUUGAAAAAAUAAGUCAUUCUUUUCCUGCUUAUGAAGGAAGUGGUCUUCAUCCAAAUCCUCAACUAGAAGCUGCCAAGUUAGGCUUUGAUUAUGAUGGGGAAAUACCCGAUGAGGUUAAAACUGUAAUUGUGAAUUGUCUUAAGAGUCCUCCUCAAUUACUUCAAGCAAUAACUGUAUACACGUUACGGCUGAAAGCUCUGGUUUCUAGAGAAAUAGAGAAAAUUGAUGUUAGAGCUGAUGCAGAAGCCUUAAGGUACAAGUAUGAGAAUAACAGAGUAAUGGACGUUUCUUCUCCUGAUGCUAGCUCUCCAUUACAUUAUCAACUGUAUGGUAGUGGGAAGAUAGGGAUCGAUGUAUCUUCUAGAGGAAAUCAAAAUCAACUUCUUGAAAGACAGGUUCUUAUUUAUAAAGCCCAUGUUCAGCAAUUUUUGGCCACUGAAGAUGCUCUAAACAAAGCUGCUGAAUCUAGGGACAUGUGUCAGAAACUCAUAAAGCGUCUGCAUGGAAGUGGUGAUACAGUUUCCUCGCGCGCACUUGGUGUUGGUGGCACAUCACAGAACAUAGGCAGUCUUCGGCAAUUUGAGUUGGAAGUUUGGGCCAAGGAAAGAGAAGCUGCUGGGUUGAGGGCAUGCUUGAAUACAUUGAUGACUGAAAUUCAGCGCUUGAAUAAAUUGUGUGCUGAGAGGAAAGAAGCUGAAGAUUCCCUAAAAAAGAAGUGGAAGAAGAUUGAAGAGUUUGAUGCUCGCAGAUCUGAACUUGAAACCAUCUAUACUGCUCUACUAAAGGCUAACAUGGGUGCAGUUGCAUUCUGGAAUCAGCAGCCGUUAGCUGCAAGGGAGUAUGCAUCAAGCACUAUUAUUCCUGCUUGCGCAAUUGUUCUUGACAUUGCAAAUAAUGCAAAAGAUCUGAUUGAUAAUGAAGUUAGUGCAUUCUAUAGAAGUCCUGAUAAUAGCCUCUACAUGCUGCCGACAACGCCACAGGCACUUUUGGAGUCCAUGGGGGCUAAUGGAUCUACAGGGCUUGAAGCUGUUGCGGCUGCCCAAAAAAAUGCUGCUUUAUUGACUGCAAGAGCUGGUGCCAGGGACCCAUCAGCAAUUCCAUCCAUAUGCCGUAUUUCUGCUGCCCUUCAAUAUCCUGCUGGACUGGAGGGUUCAGAUGCUGGCUUGGCAUCAGUAUUAGAGGCCCUGGAAUUCUGUUUGAAACUUCGUGGUUCUGAGGCUAGUGUAUUAGAGGACUUGGCUAAGGCUAUCAAUUUGGUCCACGCACGGCAAAAUCUUGUUGAAAGUGGCCAUGCAUUACUGAAUCAUGCCUACCAUGCUCAGCAAGAGUAUGACAGGACUACUAAUUAUUGUUUGAAUUUGGCUGCUGAGCAAGAAAUAGUUGUUUCAGAGAAAUGGUUACCUGAACUUAAGACUGCAGUUUUGAAUGCUCAAAAGUGCUUGGAAGAUUGCAAAUAUGUUGGGGGUCUGCUUGAUGAGUGGUGGGAGCAACCUGCAUCUACUGUUGUUGACUGGGUUACAGUCGAUGGUCAGAGUGUUGCUGCAUGGAUUAAUCAUGUGAAGCAGCUUCUGGCAUUCUACGAUAAGGAGCUCUAGGCAAAUAGGUGCAUCUUGAUGUUGCCAAAAUCUGCCAUUUUCUGCCUUUAACUUUUACCAUUUUCAUAUCAUUAUGAAAAAUACGUAGAAUACAACCGGCACUGCUGGUAAAGAUAUCUGUUGAGCAUAUCGGUUCAAAGUGGCUUGCUGAAAAAGGUUGCCAAUGCAUUUCAUGAUGCAGAAGAGGCUGAAAUAUUUUUCUAACUUGGUUUGGGUGACACUGCUAAGUGUCUCUAAUCUCUAUUCACAAGAAGUGUGGUAUGCCUGAUUGAUCUCUCUUCUUGUAGCCCUAAUUUUCACGGCAAAUAACUAGUGUAUAGAAUAAUGUUUCCAGUGUUAAAUUAUUCCUGUACGAUAAUAGGUCACUUGGAAGUUGUCGGUCUAUUAUCAUUCUUUUUAAAGAGGGCUUAAUGGAACAGCCAUGUUGAUUUUUUUUUUGUUUGUAAUUUUACUUUUGUGUUACUUGACAUAAAAGUAAUCGAACUUUGAAGGUGUUUUAAUGUUUUGAGUCCUUCAACCA